AUGAAUGAACCACAAGGUCCUCUGGACAUUAUUCCAAAAGUGAACUAUCCGCCUAUACUCACUAUAGCCAACUACUUCUCUACAAAGCAAAUGAUUGACCAAGUCAUCAGUGAAGACCAAGACUACGUGACGUGGAAACUGCAAAGCUUGAGAACUGGUGGCGUACCAAUGGACAGCCAAUUAAACAAAUACCCGAAAUACAAAUACAAGAAAGCCAAGAUAAGCCAGCAAGAUGCGGACUCCAUCAAUAAGGUUCCAGAAAAUCUAAUCUUCCCACAGGACAUCUUGCAAACGCAAGCGAAAAAUAACAAUCGCGAAAACGCCAAUGGCAUCGAUGAUAGCGACGAAAGGCUCUCACAGGACGAACAGUUCAAACUUUUGGUGACCAAUCUAGAUAAAGAUCAAACCAAUCGCUUCGAGGUUUUCCAUAGAACAUCCUUAAACAAAACCCAGGUGAAAAAACUGGCCGGCACAGUUACUAACCAAACCAUAAGUGAAAACAUUCGUGUCCUCUUGCAAGCCAUAGGAAAGAUAUAUGCCGGUGAGAUAAUUGAACUGGCCAUGGCAGUGAAAAAUAAAUGGCUGACAAGCCAAAUGUGCAUAGAGUUUGACAAGAGAACUAAAAUAGGCUAUAAGUUGAAAAAGUACCUGAAAAAAUUGACUUUUGCUAUUAUAGAGAACCAGCAAUACAAACAAGACUACCAAUCCGAUAGUGUGCCCGAAGACGAGCCCGAUGUUUACUUUGACGAUGAAGAAGUGGACAAGCAUGAAACCACAUUGGGUAACUCGUUGUUGCAGUCCAAAUCCCUACAGCAGUCAGACCACCAUUCCCAGGACUUGAAGCUACAACUUAUUGAACAAUACAACAAGCUCGUUAUUCAGUUCAAUAAGCUGGACGUGAGCAUCGAAAAAUACAACAACAGCCCCAUCCUGCCCGAGCACAUCCGUGAAGCGUGGAGGCUGUACCGUCUCCAGUCUGACACCCUGCCCAAUGCCUACUGGAGGACCCAAGGCGAAGGGCAGGGCUCUAUGUUCAGGUAG